AUGGGAGAUUCGCGACCGACACAUCAACAUGCUGACGCCGAUGGCCACUUUCGCCGGAAGGAUAGCCAGUUCCGGAACUGGAUAUCCAAGGAGCCAGGUUCCAAAUUCACUCCCGAGAAGGGCAGAUACGCCCUCUAUGGCAACUACGGCUGCCCCUGGGCACACCGAACCAUCCUUGUCCGUGGACUGAAAUCGCUCGAGCCCGUCAUCCAGCUCAUCACCACCGACUUCGACCUGACCGAGAACGGCUGGACCUUCAGCGGACGAAACGGCAGCCAGGGUGCAGAUCCUCUAUACGGCUUCACAGGCUUGAAGCAGCUCUACUUGAAAGCCGAUCCCAGCUAUGUCGGCCGUUACACCGUGCCCGUGCUAUGGGACAAGAAGACGGAGACAAUAGUGAACAACGAGUCGUCCGAGAUCAUCCGCAUGCUGUACGAUCAAUUCGACGACUUCCUCGAACCCCACCAGAGGGAAGCCAACAAACCCGGUGGAGGGUUUUACCCCCCGCAUCUAAGGGACGAGAUUGAUGCUAUGAACGAGUGGGUGUAUACUACGGUCAACAAUGGUGUGUACAAGACAGGGUUCGCGGCAACGCAGGAGGCCUACGAUGCCAACGUCUACCCUCUGUUCAAAUCACUUGACCGUCUUGAAGAACACUUAAAGGAUCCCUCACACCAACCAUACCUGUUUGGCGAAUACAUCACCGAGGCGGACGUCAGGCUAUACACCACCCUUGCACGCUUCGACGUGGCAUACUACAACAUUUUCAACUGCAACCUGAAGAUGAUCCGGCACGACUACCCCCGCCUUUCGAAAUGGCUGCGCAAUCUCUACUGGGACACGUCCGACCGCACAAACGGCGGGGUAUUCAAAAACACCACUUUCUUCGAAGUCUACAAGUAUGGCUACCUCCGGGCCAAAGGUCGCCAGAUGCACGGAGGAAGUGACCAUGGAUGGCCAGUCAUCAUCCCCCGCGGGCCGGUCCCAGAUAUCGAGCCACUGACAGAUGAGGAGGAAAAGGAACUGAUCGAGGGCACCGCUCGAAAACUGAACGGCUUGAAUCUCGAGAGCUUGCCGUCUGGGUUCAACGCUGGCGCCUCGGCAAACCCGUUCAGCGCCCAUGGAGACAAGGCAGGCAUGGGCGCCAUCUUCGGCGCGGAGGUGGAUUCCCCGAACGGCGGUGAUGAGGGUGUCGGCAGCCCCUCCAGUACCAGGGACGGAGAGGACGAGGUCGAAGAAGACGCGGGCUUUGACGAGAACGGUGAUUUCCACCCGCGGAGGGUGAUCAAGAGGAGGACGACGUACAGCGACGCCAAUGCCAAGUGGUACAAGGCGGCCAAGAAGGCCGAGAAGAAGAUGGGAGCCCCGAGCAUGCAUCUGGCUCUAUAG